AGCCCGCAGUUUUUCGCUUCGUUCAAUAUGGCGGAUGACACUUCCAUUCAGGCGAACAAUCCUUUAUCUAGAAAACUCAAUAAAAUCCUUGAUAUGCGAUUUGAUAACGAUAAAGAUCUCGUUGAAGCAUUGAAAGCUCUCUCGACAUUUUUUACGGAUAAUAAUUUGAGAGAGAGGCGAAAUCUUCGAGGUGAUAUCGAAAAGAGAAGUCUUUAUGUAAAUGAACAGUUUGAAAGUGCGUUUAGAGAUGUUAAGCAGCAGCUUGAUCUUGUUCAUCAUGAUAUUCAGUCAAUGAGUGAAUGUUGUGAAGAAAUGACAACAAGAUUAAAGAUGGCUCGAGAACAAACAUCUGAUCUGAUCUCCAAAACUACAAAACUUCAAUCAGAAAGUCAAAAGGUUCAGAUGAAACAAAAAGUUGCAAAUGCAUUCCUCGAUCGUUUCCAACUCAAACAACAUGAAGUUGAAGUUUUGAAGAACACUAGAAACGAAGCAAUUACUGCAGAAUUUUUUUCUGCCCUUUCAAGAGUAAAGAUAAUUCAUAAUGAUUGUAAGUUGCUGUUGAGAACGAAGCAACAAACUGCCGGGUUAGAGAUAAUGGAGUCAAUGGCUUUGUAUAUGGAAUCUGCUUAUGAAAGGCUUUAUAGAUGGGCACAAGCCGAGUGUCGAGGUUUAACGGGUGAUAUUCCUGAGAUAUUGUCAAAUCUUCAAAAUGCAAUGGCUGUUUUACAAGAUCGACCUGUUUUAUUGAAGUAUGCUGUUGAUGAGUAUGCGGGAGCCAGAAGAACUGCUAUUGUUCGUUGUUUUAUUGAUGCACUUACUCGUGGAGGUCAAGGUGGGACACCGAGACCAAUUGAACUAAGUGCUCAUGAUCCAAUCAGAUACUUGGGCGAUAUGUUAGCCUGGCUUCAUCAAGGAUUUGCAUCAGAGAAAGAGUCAAUUCAGUCUUUACUAAAACAAGCUCCGACGUCAAUGACCAGCGAUUUAUAUUGGCAACUUCUUGGUCACAUUUCCGAAGGCGUUUGUCGACCGUUGAAGGUCCGUGUUGAACAAGUGGUGGUGUCUGAACAAGGUUCUGUCGUGCUUUUUAAACUGACGAGUGUACUGAAGUUUUAUAAGUCAACUAUCAGCACCAUCGUUGGCGAAGAAUCGUCCUUUAUAUUUACGAUUGAAGAACUACACACGCUGACGAUGAAAAUGUUUUUGAACAGCUUAAGUCUUCAUGCAAGCAAAGUCCUUGAUAAGAUUGAAGUUCCACCCUCAGAUUUAGGUCCUACUGCAUCUUUGGGCGAAACGCUUGUUCUGCUGCGUAAUGUUUUGUCAUCCCAUGAUGCAUCGGUUGUACCACUCGAUGCAAGACGAGGAGAUUAUUCAAAGGUUAUCUCUAGUCUGAUCGACCCUUUGCUACAAAGCUGCACAAUGUCAGCAAGUCGUUUGGGUACCUGUGAUAUGGCAGCGUACAUGAUUAACUGCAUUUAUCAAAUACAGUCUACGUUAGCCGUCUAUGAGUUUACUGAUAAACACAUUGAAAUGCUCGCUGCUCAGACAGAAGCCCAUCAGGAUACUUUGGUUAGUGAACAGGCUUCGUUUAUUCUUGAAAAAUCUGGUAUUGGAAAUAUAUAUAAUAUCAUUCAAGAACAAUCAUCUGUAAAGGUUCCACUGUCAUCGAUGAAAGGAAUGGAUGCUCAAACUAUCAAGGAUUGUAUGAGUAAAUUUGACAAAUAUCUAUCAUCACCUGAUAGUUUGGUUUUGCCACAAGUCGAUUUGUUGAGAAGCACGCGAUUAAGAGACACUGUCAACAAACAUACUAGUGACUUGGUGUGCGUGGCGUACAGAAAAAUAUACGACGCUGUUUUAAAUCCUUUCAACCAAUAUGCAGAUCCCAAAACGAUCGUUGUAAGAACUCCUGACCAAGUAAAGAAUUUAUUAGCUUAAGAAUUUGAUUGUCCUGUUCUCCUUAGCAUACAGUAAACGAACAUAAAUGAUUCGUAACAUGGCUUCCACUUGUAAAAGCUAGCUGAUAUGAGUAUUGUUGCUUCAUACGCAUCAACAUGAAGGGUGUAUGGCUCUCUCCUUUGCAGAGGCUUCGAGUUUCAUGUAAAACCAUUUUGUAUAACACUAGCUAUAUUUGAGCGCUGCAUGACAACAAUAACACGACGUAUCGCUUGUGCCGCUGAAAUUGAAAACGGGCGGAAAUUUACCUCCCUCUGCCGAGGAGAGAGGGUGUAUGUGUAUACUGUAUUGUGCCAUAGUCUAUUGUAUUUACUAGGAAAGAUUGAAUUACUAACCAUGCUUCAAACUACAAACCAUAACUGCAAACACAUUUCGUUAUUUAUAAUACCAGUAUUUGUGAUGGAUUGAUAAAUAAAAUGUUUUAUUUGUUUGUACUUCAAA